CUGUUGGGGGGGGGGAAAAAAUGUCUGCUAACGCUGCAUCUAAAAAACGCAAACUUCUGCCCUCUCAGCCAAACGAGAAGAUUCCCUGGAAGAAAAUGCGAGCAAAAUUGAAGGAGGAGAAGAAGCAACAGAAAGAAGCUCGGCUGAUCAAACGGUUAGAAAAGCAGAAAUUGCAAGAGGCCGAAAAACCGAAACAAAGCCAGAACAACAAAGGUCGGGCGUACACGGUGAGCGUGGCCCUGCCAGGCUCUGUCCUGGAUAAUGCCCAGUCGGCUGAACUUCGUACGUACCUGGCUGGACAGAUCGCCCGAGCUUGUGUUGUGUUCUCCGUUGAUGAGAUUGUUGUGUUUGAUGAGCAAGGGGAAGCUGUCAAGAGCGUGGAAGGGGAAUUUAAAGGCGUUGGGAAGAAGGGAAAUGCUUGCAUCCAGCUUGCCAGAAUCCUUCAGUACUUGGAAUGUCCACAGUACCUGCGCAAGUGGUUUUUCCCAAAGCAUCAAGAUUUACAGUACGCAGGUUUGCUUAAUCCUUUGGACAGCCCACAUCACAUGAGAAUUGAUGAAGAAUCGGAAUACCGGGAAGGAAUAGUCCUCGACAGGCCGACCAAACAAGGAAAAGGCUCACUGGUUAAUUGCGGAAUGAGAAAGGAGGUUCGAAUUGAUAAGCAGCUGCAGUCUGGACUGCGGGUGACGGUACAGCUCAGUAAGACACAGACAGAAGAGAGCAAGUCGUAUAAAGGUGUGGUGGUGGCGCCUCAUGUGCCCCGGACUGAAGGUGGAUCCUACUGGGGCUACAGCGUCCGUCUGGCCUCUUGUCUCAGUGCCGUUUUUACAGAAAGUCCGUACAAAGAAGGAUACGAUUUGACAGUUGGCACAUCGGAGAAAGGCAACAACAUCGAUCAAAUAACGCUGUCGCCCUUCAAGCACCUUUUGGUGGUUUUUGGAGGGCUGCAGGGAUUGGAAGCGAGUGUAGACUCCGACCAAAAUCUGGACGCAACCGACCCCAGUGUUUUAUUUGACCUUUACCUCAACACGUGCCCAGGUCAAGGCAGCAGGACCAUUCGCACAGAGGAAGCGAUCCUAAUUUCCAUGGCAAGCCUGAGGCAGAAGAUCACAGCCGUUUUUUCAGACGUUUCCAACACUCCAUUUAUGAGCUAAAUGAAAUCUAUCCUAAGACGUGCUGGAAA